GGAAUCUGUCCACGAAGCAUCAAGCCAUUGUUUGCGACAUUGGGCAACAUUCUGCCUUUGGAUUUCUGUUACAUACUAGAGACGGAAGUUGUCCCCCCGCUCAUCGUUAACGGUCACCUCGGCUGGGACUCGUUUUCAGCACCAAAUUGGGGAAACUUGACAUCUGAAUCAGGACUCCUGAUCUUGGGUUAGGGUUAGACGCAUAAAAAAACACCAUUUCGCCGAGACUGACCAGCAUGGAAUCUGGAAAGUACAUACUUGGUAAGACGAUUUACAUACUGUGCAAUCCGACCGCUAGCGGCUGCCCCACUAGGCUGCAGUUCCAGAACGCGAUCCGUCCGGGAGAGCUUUCCAUGCCUGAUACAGAUGACUGCGACUUCGAGGAGGAAACAACUCCAGCACCAACACCGCGAAAAUGAUGCACCCAUCGCGCAGAGCAUACGUGGAAGAAGCUGAGCCCGAGGAACGAGGUGGCAUCGACCUACACUCCAUCCCUAUCGACCGCGACUAUGAUAUUCCAGGCGCCGGCGCCGGCAUUGCACCAGAGAAAGCGUCAGCCCUUCUAUCGCAGUUCGAGCGGAAACGGCUAGCCGCAACCAUUGCCGUCCCCACCGACGAUGGACGAGUACGAUCGAAACUUCGGGAACUCGGAGAGCCAGUUACGCUCUUUGGCGAGGGCCCCGCGGAUAGGCGCGAUAGGUUACGAGAGCUCCUUACCGAGCAAGCACAUGGGCAGCAGGCCGGCGGUCAGGAGGGCGUGGAUGUGGAGAUGCAGGAUGCGGAGGAGGAGGAAGAGGAAGCUGAGGAGCAAGAGGAAGAAUUCUACUCCAGAGGAACGGACGAGCUCCUACAGGCGCGAAUGAACAUUGCCCAGUACUCGAUACCGCGAGCGAAACGGCGCAUCGAAUUCCAAAAGAAGGAGGCCACCAUCCCGCUACGCACACACGUAAAAUUCCGGAAGGAGGUCAAGGAGCGGCUGCAGACCUUUGAGCUACAGGGCAGUCAGACAGCAGGAGACCGCCAUAUUUCCAUGACAAGGAUAUCGCCCAAUGGCAAGAUGGUGGCAACCGGGAACUGGGGCGGCCAGGUCAAACUUAUCGACAUCCCAACACUCGAGCACAAACGAACACUGAGAGGCCAUACAAACAAGAUUAGCGGCAUAUCAUGGAUGCCAGGGGCGACCCUGCCUGAGAGCAAUGUCUCGGAAAACACAGUCAACCUGGCAUCGGGAGGUGCAGAAGGACAAAUUCACCUGUGGUCGCUAACACAAGACACGCCCCUAUCGACACUAUCCGGCCACUCUCAGCGGGUAUGUCGGGUGGAGUUUCACCCCUCCGGGAAGUACUUGGCAUCUGCGUCAGAGGACACGUCGUGGAGGCUAUGGGACGUCGAAACAACCACAGAGCUUGUCCUGCAGGAAGGUCACUCCCGCGGCGUGUACGCCGUCAGCUUCAACACAGACGGGUCUCUUUUAGCCAGCGCGGGCCUGGACAGCAUCGGGCGAAUUUGGGACCUGCGCUCAGGCCGGACAGUCAUGAUCCUCGACGGCGGAAACGACGGCCACAUCAAGCCCAUCUAUGGCCUCGACUGGAGCCCGGACGGCCACCGAGUGCUGACGGCGUCUGCCGACGGGUGGAUCAAGUGCUGGGAUGUCAGGAAGGUGCAACGGUCGGGGGGCAUCGGCGCGCACACGAGCGCCGUGUCCGACGUCAGGUGGUUCAAGGGCCUCGACGACCCCGUGGAGGGCAUUCACCCGGGCGAAGAUGAGAAGGGCAUGCAAAUUCCCAAAAAGUCGGGCACCUUCUUGGUCUCGGCAGGGUUCGACCAUAAGGUCAAUGUCUUCUCAGCCGAUGACUGGGCUCUAGCCCAAUCCCUCACAGGCCAUACGGGCCCCGUGGCCAGUGUCGAUGUGAGCAGGGACGGGAGAUGGAUUGUUAGUGGUGGGCAUGAUCGGACGGUCAAGCUAUGGGGGAGGAACGACUCGGCUGGCAUGUUUGGGGACGAUUAGUCUGGGAGGAGUUCCGGGGUUGCGUAUGUAUGACUUCUUAGAAAAGGGGUGGUGAGCCAAAAUGAUGCAAGAUACCCGAAGUCAAGCUUCUAAUCUGGACAUACUGUGUGC